AUGCAAACCGUUGUUCUCCCGAUGUUAUCAGACAUAAGACCGAAGAGAAAUUGCUCCGAUCAAAAGAUAAUCUCGCCGGAACCAAAAUUGAUCAUUGAUAGGAGGCGCGGCGCGCGCGUUCUGCGCCUGCCACCAGCCCACGCCCACGCCAAUGUUACCUCUCCGAACAGCCAGCUUCAUUCGAUCUCUCGGUCAAUAAAUAUCAGAUUAAAGUGCCGCUAUUGUAGCCUUCACGCACAAACUAGUACCGUGGCUUUCAAUAACGGUUCGCACUAUGCAGAUUAUCACUGGGGCGAUAACCACGACGUGAAAGCGAUAGCGGCGACACGAUGCAGUGGAGCGGGUGGCGGCGCUGUCCCGUCGCUCAGCCCGAGUGCUCCACUGGCGCAGCGCAUCGGACGUGUGACAUGUGUCAUACCGUGA